UCGCUCACUUCUGCGUCGCUUUUGGGCUUGUGCUGGAGAAGGCGGCAGAAAGCGGGGAGCUGGGUCGGGGACCCCCCUAGGUAGGGCCCAUGGCAGCCGCCCCAGUAGCGCAGCGAGGGCGCCGGUUUUUGCUCCUCCGAGGGCUCGUCCGAGCCCAGCCAGGCAGAGGGUGUCGCUCUGGGGUGCCGGUGAGACAACAGCAGCAGCAGCAGCAGCAGCAGCAGCAGCAAGCGCUGCAAGUCCCCGCGGCUCAGGAGAUUACAAGUGCAAGAAGAAAAGGAUUCCUAACUGAACACGCUGCCCCUUUCUCUGCUUUCUUGACUGACAGCUUUGGCCGCCAACACACCUACUUGAGGAUCUCUCUGACAGAGAAAUGCAACCUCCGAUGUCAGUACUGCAUGCCAGAGGAGGGAGUUCAGCUAACUCCCAAGUCUGAACUGCUGACUACACAGGAGAUAAUCGCUCUUGCCAGGCUCUUUGUGAAGGAAGGUGUGGACAAGAUCCGACUGACAGGGGGAGAGCCUCUCAUCCGGCCUGAUGUGGUUGACAUCAUUGCUCAGAUGCGCAAACUAGAAGGGUUGCAAACCAUCGCUGUCACAACCAAUGGAAUCAACUUGGCCAGACUGUUACCCCGGCUGAAGGAUGUCGGCCUGGAUGCCAUUAACAUCAGCUUGGAUACAUUGGUCCCUGCCAAAUUUGAAUUCAUUGUCCGUCGGAAAGGUUUUCACAAGGUAAUGGAAGGGAUUCAUAAAGCUCUUGAACUUGGAUAUGAUCCUGUCAAGGUGAACUGUGUGGUCAUGAGAGGCCUCAAUGAAGAUGAAGUGGUGGAUUUUGUAGCCCUCACAGAGAAGCAGCCCCUGGAUGUGCGCUUCAUAGAGUACAUGCCCUUUGAUGGCAACAAGUGGAACUUCAAGAAAAUGGUGAGCUACAAGGAGAUGCUGGACACAAUCAAGCAAAGAUGGCCAGAGCUGGAAAAGCUGCCAUGUGAAGAAGCCUCUAGCACUGCCAAAACAUAUAAGGUGCCACGUUUUCAGGGACAAGUCAGUUUCAUCACUUCAAUGUCUGAGCACUUCUGUGGGUCCUGUAAUCGACUGAGGAUCACAGCUGAUGGCAACUUGAAGGUGUGCCUUUUUGGAAACUCUGAAGUGUCCUUACGGGAUCACCUACGAUCUAAUGCCACAGAAGAAGAACUGGUUCAAAUCAUCAGUGCAGCUGUUGGCAGGAAAAAGAAGCAACAUGCCGGCAUGUUCAACAUUUCCCAGAUGAAGAACAGACCAAUGAUCCUCAUCGAGGCAACAGCAAGGACAUUCCCACUGCUCCAAGAUGCCCUACAGGACCAAGCAAGUUUAAAUAAUUGGGGCUACAGACUUGGCCACUGGCUGACUCUGAGAGCAAGUUUAUCCAAGCAGAUGGGGAAAACAUUUAAGAAAAAUGUGUUUACAGGACAUCAUGCCUUGCCAGGAUCUCACUCAGCACGACAGCUUGCAGUAGGAAUUCCACAAGCUCAGCUAAGUAGCAAUUGCAGUCUCCAGAAGAACUAUCAUUCGUACACAAAGUGCCAUAGGACAGGAACUCCUCCCUCCAAGCAGACUUCUUGGAUGUUUGGGGACAGACCCUCUGGGAUGCUAACAAACCAGCCAGAAGAGGAAAUCCUGGGUUCUCGCUCCACUGCCAAAUCAUCUAGUGCCCCAGAUACUUUAACCCACAUUGACCAGGAGGGUCGUGCUUCCAUGGUAGAUGUGGGCAGGAAGCCGGAUUCUGAAAGAACUGCAGUGGCCAGUGCUGUAGUUCUGCUGGGCAAGGAGGCAUUUGAGUUGGUGCAGCAGAACCAAAUGAAGAAGGGGGACGUGCUGGCAGUUGCCCAGAUUGCAGGGAUUCAGGGAGCCAAGCUGACCAGUCAACUGAUACCAUUGUGCCAUAACAUCCCUCUGAGCUUGGUGGAUAUUGUUUUGAGUUUGGAUGAAAGGAGGCAUGCAGUGGUGAUCCGGGCUCUGUGCCGUACUCAUGGAAAAACAGGAGUAGAGAUGGAAGCGUUGACAGCUGCCAGCUUAGCUGCCUUGACAGUGUAUGACAUGUGCAAAGCAGUCACUCAUGACAUAGUUAUUGAAGAUGUGAAACUGCUCAGCAAGAAAGGAGGGCAAAGAGGAGACUUCCAGCGUGGCUAAAACAGCUCUAAAGAUUCUGCACCAAAAGAUCAUCCAUGUGUCCUUUUCUUGAAUGAUAGCUUCAGAUAUCUCCUUCGCAUACUAGGAAUCAGUGUUGUAACCAUCAACAACUAUCAAGAACAACAUCUUCCUGUUGCACUGACAACUACUGAAAUUAGUUGUCGAGUCUGUAUGAAGUAGGCUUGAUCUUCUCAUUUGCUUCCCUUCUCCCCGUUUAGCAGUCAGCCUCCUUGCCAUCAGCUUCUAGGGUCACACCGUACUAAACUGUUUCAGGGCUUGUGGCCCUUGCUGAAGUGCGGGUUGCUGAGUGACUGCUAUGUCUGUGUAUAAAGCUCUACAUGAGAACCCUGUUUUUCACUGGGGUUACAUUCGGGGGGGGGGGACAGUGGAUAGCAAAUACACAAAUAACAGGGCAUUGUCAAUGUAAAUUGGGGGGAAUAGGUUCCAAGACAAUUAAAAAAUCACCCCCAAAAUGAGAAAAUGGGCCAAAUAAAGUGCCCUGCUGUACUCCAUUAUCCUUCAGAAGUCCAAGAAUGCCCCCCAUGAGCCAAAAAGUCACCGAACUUUGGUAGAAAAUCAUGGUUUCUUGCCUUUUUUAAAAAAAGAACAAUAAAAUGGCUCCUGAAUGCAAAAUGGCAGCUGGAAAUGACCUCCAAGGUCAUUUCCAGCCACCCUGACCCACAGAUACGCAGGUUUAACUCUCUUUCCCCCCACCCCGUGUUUUUCCCGUGUAUACCAAGGCUGGGUGUCCAUUACCUGACUACAGGUAUGCAAAACUGCAGAUGGUGAGUCCACAAUUAACAAGGUUCUCCUGUAGUCCCUACUAUGGAGUUGUGUGUCUGUCACCAGCACCAAUAUUGCUUGCACAACAGAAUUUCAAGUACAGUCCACUUGAAUUUUAUUUUUUUUAAUUAUAUACAUUUUAUAUCCUGCUCUUCUUCCAAGGAGCCCAGGGCGGUGUACUACAUACUUAAGUUUCUCCUCACAACAACUCUGUGAAGUAGGUUAGGCUGAGAGAGCAGUGACUGGCCCAGAGUCACCCAGCAGAAAUCCAAGUAGGUUCUGGAUCAAGAACAGUCUGAUCCAAAACCAGGUGGGGGCAGUCUCUGAGAAUAUGAAAGAAUGAGCAAGUAUUUUAAUUCUAUACAUGGGACAAACACUGGGAGAGAUAAACUAGGAGCCACCCGACCGCCUGGUCACUAUUACAAUGAGGUGAGGCUCAAUUCUGACCUUAAAAAUAGGAAGCAGAUGUUUUAUCAGCUGGGGAAAUUGUAGAGUAAUUCAGAUCUUGCUCCAGCUAUGUACAGCAAGACUUCAGGCUAAACAGUGUGUUGAGUGUUAACAAGCAAAAUAACUUGCACAGUCAAAAUAGUUUCCUGGCAACUAAAGUGUGCCUAACAUAGCUGCUAUUUCUGAAUGUGCAAUAUUGUAUCUCCCUUCUGACCCUUAUCUGGAAAAAGUCUUCCUUCAAAUUAUUUUCCAAAGGGUGAUAGACUUGUUUCUCUCUGCAGGAUUCUGAAAGGAAUUCUGAGUUGAGAUGCAUACUCUUUGUGCUGGAACCACUUGCAGGGGUAUUUUUUGGCCACUACUCCAUAUAAUUUUGACUCUGUUUACCCAGAACCUGCUAGAUAUUGGAAGUCACCAUGUCCUUCAUGAUAACUUUCAUGUUGGUGUCAUACUGAGUACAUGCAUAGUAGAGGGAAAAGUUUUCAAGCAAAGUCUUCUUACAAAACUUCAGAUUUAUAUUAAUCCAAUUCCCCCCCCACACACACACACUUAUUCAUAGUUGAUGCUGUUGAGCAUAAAGGCUUUUAGACACAAACUGACAUGUUCCAUGCUUUAAAUAUAAGUUGAUACUGUAAAGUAAAUCAGACCAGAUUUAAGAUUAAAGGGCAACUUCCUUCCCCGCUUCUGAAUGUGCUGGGGUGUUUCCUACAUAUACAGAGCUGUGCGUGCACAUUAUUGUAUAGAGAGGAUGCAUCUUUUUAAAGGUUUCCCUUUAUAAUUGAAUUCCAAAAGUGAAAGUUAAACUUGAAUUUUAAAACUUGACUGAUGCAUUUUAAUGUAUAAUAUAUAUAUAACUUCAUUUCAGUCCUAUAGUAUGCAUAUUUAGCUACACUUCUGAUUUUCAGAUGCAUGUGGAGUCUGAUUCAACAUUUUACAUUAUCUAACAAAUAUUGAAUGUAUGGAUUGAAGCAGUAGGCGGGAGAGAAGAAAGCCACUGGGCUGGGAGACAGGAAGGCUACAGAGAAAAAAAGGAAAAGGAUUUUCCUUUUACUCAUUGUAAAGGACUGGGGAAAGGGCAGAAGCACAGAAGUUAGUGGUGUUCUUGUAAAUUCUAGCUUGAAGACAUUUCACUUCUUUUCUUUUUUUAAAAAAGAAACUUUUAAAAAAAUGCAACUGUUGAUGCAGAUAAGAUACACUCCAGUGUUUUUAAAUGGCCCGCCAAGUCUGGGCACUAAUGGAACUGCGGUUGGAAAGAUAAUCCCAUAUUUGCAUGAUCAGAAAUGCCAACCUCAGGUACACUUAACUGUAGUUUGGCACUAAGUCCAACAUGGCCCUAAGGAUUAGACAGAUCCAGAGUAGGGAACUACAUGGUUUAAACACCUAGUGCAAAAAUGAAUAUGUGCAGAAAAGCAGCAGGAGUCAUGAAGCCUGGUCUGCGGUCUCAGGAUGAAAGCUUCUGAGGCCAUAUGGAGAAUCUAUUUUGGGGUGUCAGGGAGCCCUAUGCAGGUUUCUAUAAGGAUAGGAUGUGACAGCCAUGCCUCCUUGCUUGAUUUCCUAGGCUGCCCAUAGCUUCAGUGUGUUGAACACUAUUCCUUUCGUGGACUCUCUCAAGCACAGGUCAAGCCAGACUAGGAGCUUCUGUAUGGGUUCCAAGGGAGUGUGCCAACAGUCCCAUUUCUGGACCACGUAGCAAGCCCUGCAAGAUCUCACUGAGCUUUUGUAAAAGAUCUUGUGAGAUCUUUUUCUCUUUCUGUUUAAUAUACAGCAUUGCAAGAAUCGUGUAGCUCUCAUGAGGAGAGGCUUCAGCAGAGAGACACACUUUAAAUGUGUGUCCUUUGUAGUCUGCACCUCUUUCUCCUUUGAUCCCUGCUCCCCUAGUUGUCCCCAACAGGCAUGCUCUGCAAAACUGUGCUCCAUUUCUUCUCUGCAGCAUCAAACAGCCCUUCAAAUCUUCUUGGGAAAGAAAUCUUUUCCACUCUGAAUGUUCCCUUCAGUAUUUGAGAACAGAAAUACAGAAUACCAUAUUCUUCCACCAUCAGUCCUUUGGCAUUUCUUCAGAUUUCUGGUUAAACUUCCCUCUUUUUUUCACAUCAUCCUGUUCCUCCUCCCAAGGGUGAGGGACCCUGGAUCGUGAGAUCUGUCCCAGCAGGGGCUUCAUCAAAACAUCAUCCUGAGCUAAUAGAAUUGUUAACUGUAAUUUCACGAUACUGUAGCUGAAUCUGAAAGCUUCCAUAUACUCAACCAGUAUACGUUUCAACUUCUAAAUGUCAGGAAGUUCCUUUGCUUUAAAAGAAAAGUUUUUGAUUUUGAUUUUUAAAUGCAAUGAUUUGAAUUCUUUUACAAGGGCUUAGGAAUAAAGUUAAUUCAUAAAAUGAAACUUAGCACAAAUGUUGGCUUUCAAUAUGUUGAACUGAUUACUUUAAAAACUGUGUAGUGACUGAUAACAGGGUACCUAGACAUGGCACUUUUUUGAAAAGUUGCACUUGAGCUUUACUUAUAGGGGGCAUAAUUUGUGCUAAGGGGGGUUGGAAAGAUGACUCUUUGAUCCUUUUUGGGAAGAGGUCAUUUUAUAUUUAAAGUGAGUUCUUAAAAAUGCUCUUUUUAUAGUCAAACACUGUGCAAGUAACUGCUAAAAGUCGGUAUGUUUUCUAGAUGAGGGUAAAACUGGGGCAGAAUUACAGAGAGAUUUACUGAGAUAAUUUUGUUGAGGAAAAAAUGUUCAUUCUUUACUGCACUUUUAAUAAAGAAAAAUUGCAAUUAAAACAAGGAUAUAUGGCUUUAUUUAAAAUUAGUUAUGCAUUUUUUCUCUGUAGAUGAGAGAUUAUUCAGUAUAUGAGAUUUUAAGAAAUCAUGAGGGAAGACAGGAAUGAUAAAUAUCUCUUUUGUGUGUCAUUCCAGUUACAGUUUUGUGUGUCGCCCUUCAAAAUUAACCUUCAGUCAACCUAAAUAUUUGGAAUUGAGCCAUCACUGUAUAUCUGUGUCAAUGAAAUACUUGGACUGUGUUCUUUCCCCUUAAAGUAAAAGAUUAAUUGGUAA